AUGGAGAAGGUGAAGGCAAUAAACCGGACUGAUUUGGUGUCAUUGUCGCGGCUGUUGUCGUCUGCCGUUGUUGUCAGCGGCGGCGCGAGCCUAUUAGGCCCUAGUCUGGCGAGUCAUGAUCGGCGACUGCCGGUGGUUGCCGUCGUCGCUGGUGGCGCGGUGCUGACAAGGCAGGCGGCGAUAGGGGGCGGGCUCGAUGGUGGUUCCGGGAUUUGGCAGUGGCUGGGCUGCUUGUUAAUAGUGCUGAUUGUGGUGUUGAUAGUGAUGCUGGUGGUGUUGUGCGGGUAUGUCUCCUCCAGUAGUGUUGAUUGUGUAGAUGUGCUGUUGCUGAAUUCAGGGAACCUUGGUGAUCAUUUUCUUCCGUUUGCUGGGCAGGAUAUUCUGCUCCCCCUCCGUCCGCCAUCAUCCAUCCGCCGCCAUCCGCCCUCUGUCCACGUGCACCUUCUGCCACCAAAUGGACGACGUUCAGCUUCUGAGAAGGGGCGCUUGAAGCAUCUCAUCUCCGUCAGCCGUCUCGUCUCCGUCACCGUCGCGUCGCGCCGCCUCCGUCCGCGUCACGUCGUGCUUCACCUCCAUCCGCCGAAUCGCCACCGUCUGAUGCCGCGUCGCAUAGCCUCUGUCAGCCGCCUCGCCGCAUCACCUUCGUCUGCCAACGCCUCCGUCAGAUGCCACAUCGCCUUGCCUUCGUCCACCGCCGCUGCGUCGCCUCCCAUCCGACCACCAUCGCGUAAGCUCGUCUCCGACCGCCGCUGCGUAUCGUCGUCUCCAUCCGCCGCCGUGACGCCUUGCCUGCAUCCAGUCAUCUCAUCGACCAGCCCUCCGGCCCCAGCCGCAGCCACAUCCCCUCAUCCGCCCUCCACGACUUCGAUCCUGCAUCCGUCCGGUGGCUCCGCUUCUCCCAACUCCACCUUAUCACCUCAGCCGCCGGACUCCUUUACCUAUGGGCCUCUCCCGCCGCCAAAACCCCCCCAAAAUCCCACGUCGUCUGCAACCCCCUCACCGCCCAGUUCAAAACCCUCCCCCAUCACCGCCGCCGUCGCCUUCGUCCUCGUCGGCCGCCUCAUCACCGCCGCCGUCGCCUUCGUCCUCACCGAGCUCGCUGUCCUCUACUACCCCACCGACGGCGGCUCCAGCCUCAAUAGGCUCAAUUCAAGUCCAAUUUUCCAUCAAAGCCCCCGGCCCCAUCCUUAUCUCCGAUUCCAUUUGAAAUCGACCAACAGAGAUCAACGAAAAGAGAUUAGAGCAGAUUGGAGAUGGACAUGA